GAUCUAAUCUUCGGGAAACAACCAGACUCGAGAAAGUACAACUCAUAUUCAAGAACUUACCAAGAAACUCAUCUUAUUUCCAAGAAGACAAUAUGCCGGCACCAUUUGUAAGACCGUGGUUUGUUAGGGGCUGCGUCACCCUUAUACGUAUCAUCUUUACCGAGACGUACCUAUGGCUCUUGGUACAUGCUGCCGCCGUCUUUGCGGUGCCAGUUAAGCGCUACGAGAACAAGAUAUGGUCAAAGGUUAUGGUCCUUGACAUAUCGUACAGCAGCUUGAUCGGAAUAGACCUAAAAGCCGAGGUCUGCCUCCAUGUCAUGGUGGGAAUAUUGCUGUAUACCCUAUACCGUUUCUGGUGCCGCAAUCGCAACAAUGACCCCGUUCCCAUGAACUACCGGGUUUACGUCUUCUUUCUUCCGUACAUCCUAUCGUUCCUAAUUUGCUGGGCCAUUACUACGGCUCUGUUGGGCUUGGGACUAUACAGAGUUAUCUAUUAUACGAAGAACGAAAACAUGUGGGUACUAAUGACCCAAUUUGUUGUGGGUAUCAUUUUCAAGUUGCUGAUCCUGGUCAACUUCUGCACAACCUGUGGUCGCUGCUAUGUGAAACUACAAUUGCUAGCUAUAGACAUCGACGAACAGCGACGAGAACUGAUUCGUCUUCAAAGCUUCGGAGAUCAUUUGACUAUGUUGUUUAAUGUCUAGUUUUCGCCAAACACAUUAGGUAAUGUUACAUAAAGCCGCUUGUUCCACCAAAAUAAAUGUUAUUGCAUAAAAAUA